AAAGAUCAUUCUCAUUGCCUUCUCUUAUCUAACACUCGAAUCUUUGCAGUAAAAUGGCUCCUAAAAAGCCUGAACCAAAGAAAGUGGCAGCCAAGCCAGCGCCCCCUCCAGAGCCAGAGAAACCUAAGGAACCUGAGUUUGACCCAAAAAGCCUUACGAUUGAGUUUACACCUGAACAGAUUGAAGAAUUUAAGGAGGCAUUCUUGCUGUUUGACAGAACACCGACCGGUGAAAUGAAGAUCACCUAUGCCCAGUGUGGUGAAGUCAUGAGGGCAUUGGGCCAAAACCCCACAAAUGCAGAGGUCCUGAAAGUACUGGGCAAACCAAAGCCUGAGGAAAUGACCUCCAAUCUGAUUGACUUUGAGACGUUCCUACAUAUGUUCCAACAUGUGUCCAAGUCCAAAGAUCAGGGCACUUUUGAGGACUUUGUUGAGGGGCUGCGAGUGUUUGACAAGGAAGGAAAUGGCACUGUAAUGGGAGCCGAACUUCGACAUGUACUUGCAACUUUGGGUGAGAAAAUGACAGAAUCAGAGGUUGAACAGCUGAUGACCGGACUGGAAGAUGGAGACGGUUGUGUUAACUAUGAAGCAUUUGUUAAACACAUCAUGACUGUGUAAACUAAAGAGGAACAAAUGUGACAGACCUCUACUGUUAUCAACAGACCCUCAGCCCAGUUCUUUCUUCUCUUGCCCUGUAGUUUUUCUGUUUAUGUGAUUUUGUCAUUGCGUUGACAUUUGUUUUGUGUUGCACAGAUGCUCACACAUCCAGAGAUUAAAACUCACAGGUUUGAUUGGAGAGAGAGAGAGAGAGAGCAAUAAAAUAAAAUUAACACUG